GCCAGACCGUCUUGUUUUGUUUUGUUGUGAAGCUGUUUUAAUACAAUAGGUUAGAAAUGUUGUUUCUGUAAGUAGAAAAAUACAGUUUUUGAAUCAGGUUAGAAAAUACCUGUAAUAUUCUCAUCCUCACAGUCGAGAAUAAGUUUUGAAUCAAGCAGGAAUAAUAUCUGGAGGAGUGUCAUCUGAACUGAGAUCUGCUGCUGUGAAGAUGAUGUUCUUUAAAGAGGAGAGUGAAGAGAACACGAGAGAACCAGAAACCAGGAGAAUAAAACACGAGGAACCAGAAACCAGGAGAAUAAAACACGAGGAGCCAGAAACCAGGAGAAUAAAACACGGGGAACCAGAAACCUGGAGAAUAAAACACGAGGAGCCAGAAACUUGGAGAAUAACACAUGGAGAGCCAGAAACCUGGAGAAUAAAACACGAGGAGCCAGAAACCAGGAGAAUAAAACACGAGGAGCCAGAAACCAGGAGAAUAAAACAGGAGGAGCCAGAAACAUGGAGAAUAAAACAGGAGGAACCAGAAACCAGGAGAAUAAAACACGAGGAGCCAGAAACCAGGAGAAUAAAACACGAGGAGCCAGAAACUUGGAGAAUAACACAUGGAGAGCCAGAAACCUGGAGAAUAAAACACGAGGAACCAGAAACCUGGAGAAUUAAGCACGAGGAACAAGGAGAGUUUAUUGAAGAAAGUGAGGAGAACCAAGAAUUGAGUGAAGAUGAGGAGAAACAUCAUGUCAAAACUGGAGAAAAACCUUUGAGUUGCUCUCAAACCAAACAGAAAGAUUUAAAGAAAAUAAGAGCCAAGAAAUCUUUCACCUGCACUCUGUGUGGAAAGAGUUUGAGAAGAAAAAAUAGUUUUGAUGUUCACAUGAGAAUUCACACUGGAGAGAAACCUUAUAAGUGUUCACACUGUGACAAGAGAUUCAGGGAUCCAUCAAGACUGAAAACACAUGAGAGGAUCCACACUGGAGAGAAUCCGUACACUUGUGAUCAAUGCGGGAAGAGUUUUGCACGAAAAGUAAUCUUUAUGACACAUAUGAAAAUUCAUACAGGAGAGAAACUGUACACAUGUAAUCAAUGUGGAAAGAGUUUGAAAUUUAAAUAUAGUCUUAAGCGUCACAUGAGAGUUCAUACUGGUGAGAAACUGUACACUUGUGAUCAAUGCGGGAAGAGUUUUGCAUGGAAAGGAAUCCUUAUAAGACAUAUGAGAAUUCAUACAGGAGAGAAACUGUACACAUGUAAUCAAUGUGGGAAGAGUUUGAUUAGCAAAUGUAGUCUUGAGAUUCACAUGAGAGUUCAUACUGAUGAGAAACUGUACACUUGUAAUCAGUGCGGGAAGAGUUUCUCACACUCAGCAAACCUUAAGAGACACAUGAACACCCACACUGGAGAGAAGCAGCACUCAUGUGAUCAAUGCAGCAAGAGAUUUUUAAGAGCUUCAGACCUGAAGCAGCACUUGAAAGUUCAUACAAAGGAGAAACCACAUUCAUGUAGUUUGUGUGGAAAGAGUUUUUCACGUUUUUCAAUUUUGAAUGAACAUCAGAAAACACAUACUGGUGUGAAAGAGUACAUGUGCUGCGAGUGUGAAAAGACUUUUAUUUCAGCAAAGUGUUUAAAUCAGCACCAGAUGAUUCACACUGGAGAAAAACCUUAUAAGUGUUCACACUGUGACAAGAGAUUCAACCAUGCAUCAAAUCUGAGAAGACACGAGAGGAUCCACACCGGAGAGAAACCGUAUCACUGCACUGAAUGUGGGAAGUGUUUCAAUCGUUCAUCUGGUCUACACAAACAUACAAAAAACAAUCAUACAAAUUGUUUAAAACAGCAUGAGAGGAUCCACACUGGAGAGAAACCUUACAAGUGUUCACACUGUGACAAGAGCUUCAGUGUGUUAGGAAAUCUGAAAAGACAUGAGAGGAUCCACACCGGAGAGAAACCGUAUCACUGCAUUGAAUGUGGGAAGUGUUUCAGUCGUUCAUCUGCUCUACACAUUCAUACAAAAAACAAUCAUAAGUUGAUUGAAGAAAACGAGGAGUAUAAAGAAUCAAGUGAAGUUGAGGAGAAACAUCAUGUCAAAACUAGAGAAAAACUUUUCUUUUUUUGAGAGUUCCUCUCAAACCAAACAGAAAUAUUUAAAGAAAAGAAGAGCCAAGAAAUAUGUGAUCUGCAUUAAGUGUGGAAAGAGAUUGAAAAGCAAUACAAGUCUUGAGGAUCACAUGAGAGUUUAUACUGGAGAGAAAUCAUUCACAUGGGAUCAAUGUCGGAAGAGUUUCACACAAUCAGCAAAUCUAAAGGAACACAUGAAGAUACACACUGGAAAAAGCAUCUUGGUCCCAGAAUUGAUAAAUCUAAAACUGACACUUUAUCUUUUUCAUGUGUACAUCCAGUCUGUAUAUUUUGUCAAACGAUGUUAUCAUCAUCGCAUGUCUUUACCCACGGUGUUGUUGAGCCCUAAUUAGAUUUUCAUUUAAUUCAUGUUCAUUUGUCUUAUAAUGCAUAUCACUUUUAAUUUGCUUAUGUUUUCAUGAAGGAAAGUAGCUUUUUACAAACUGUUCAGGAAGCUGAAGAGGAGACUAACAUUUUAAGAGAUACCAAGAUAUAUUUUUAAUUGGUUCUUCUUUGUUAUUUUUAAAAUGAGUCAUGCUUCUAUGAUAUAUUUAGUAAACACAGAUGCAAGAUAUACUGUCAUGUAGAUUUUUAAUUGAUCUUUAAUUGCUUCUCUUUCAGUAGGAAUUAAUGUCUGAACUCAGUAAUACGCCCUGGGGCUAAAUUAUGAAAGACCGUCAUAUCAAUAAACUCUAAUUUUAACUGUUCUGCUUUCGGUGCUGGAGAAAUUAAGGAAAUACACUAACAAUUUAUUAUUGGUAUAUAAAUAUUCUCAAGCUAACUGUAUCUUGCCAACUGUUUCUACAUGUGAUAAUAUCCAGAUAUCCGUCUGCGAUGCGAUAUCGUUUUUUGCAAUCCAGCUGAAAGAUCUAUUGUACUUUAGGGCUUUGUGAUUAAUAUAAUUUUAUUUUUGAUUGAGUCUGACUUCCGAGGAUUAGUCAAUGGCUAGCUGUGCAUUAAACUAUUUGAAUGCAUGACUUGAAGGCAAAGAACACCCGACAUACAGCGGACUCGAU